CAUCAGCUGUUCCGAAUUACAAUUGUUUAAUUGUUUACAGCAGGACAGAAAGGAAUUUAUUAAUUAUAAACUUUUUUUCCUUACCUAAGAAACAAAAAAAGCCGCCAAAAUAACGACCCCAGGUGAAAUGCAACCCAAAUUUAAAUUCGCAGAAGGCGAAAAAGUGCUUUGCUUCCAUGGUCCAUUGAUAUACGAAGCAAAGGCAUUAAAGAGUGCAAUCACUAAGGAUAAACAACUGAAGUAUUUUGUCCACUACGCUGGAUGGAAUAAGAAUUGGGACGAGUGGGUUCCUGAAAACCGUGUUUUAAAGUUUAAUGAAACAAACUUGCAAAGGCAAAAAGAGCUACAAAAAGAACAUGAUGCCAAAAAAGAGAAAAAUAGGAAAAAUGCCCCGAAAGGGAAGAAAGGAGAGUUAUUAAUGACCACAUCUAAAGAUAGUGGAGCGAUCAGUAGUGGCGGUAGUGAAUCGAGAGCUUCGACCCCAUCAAAAGAAUUAACUAAUCUCUCUACUACAACUACGACAACAGUUGCAGGGCGAGGGAACAGAUCCAAACUGAAUGCCACACCUGUUACGAUGGAGUCAAAAAAAGAUACUUUGGGAAAGGAGGAGUCCACGAAAGAAGAUAAGGAAGAACCCGCAGUGAAAAAGAAGCGAGGUACUUCAACAAGUUCGUCGGAAAAAUCUUCAACGAAUAAUGCGGCAGCAUCCAACAGUAGUACACCCGUUCCACCAUUGCCUAUUGUAUCAGCGGGGCCUAUAAGUAACACAACCGUUACCAGUUCCUCGGUAGCGAGUAAUAUUCGAUUAGAUUCUUGCGUAGAGAGCGAAGAGACUUUUCUAUCAAAAAUAGAAGUUAAAAUUAAAAUUCCGGAUGAAUUAAAGCAGUGUCUAGCUGAUGACUGGGAUGCUAUUACAAGACAACAUAAAUUGUUGGAUAUACCAGCGAAAAUCACUGUACAAGAUAUCGUCGAUCAGUAUAUUAGUUUUAAGAAGUCUGCCAAAUCAUCGAAUGCUUGCAAGGAAUUGGCUAUAUCGGACGUUCUUAACGGCGUUGUGGAAUAUUUCAAUGUUAUGCUUGGCUCCCAGCUUCUCUACAAAUUUGAGCGUCCACAGUAUGCUGAUAUACUGCAACAGUAUCCGGAUAUACCUCUUUCUAAAUUAUAUGGAUCCUUCCAUUUGCUGCGUUUGUUUGUAAAAUUGGGAUCCAUGUUGGGAUAUUCAGCUUUGGACGAAAAAUCUAUGCAGCUAUUGCUGGUGCACUUGCAUGACUUUCUAAAAUAUUUGGUUAAAAAUAGUGCUACCUUCUUUAGCAUGGCUAGUUUUGUUAACGUCUCACCAGAAUAUCAUCGCCAUACUCAAUGAUUUUAAAAGGAAAUUCUCAUACCAACAUUGAAGUUUACAAAUUUCUUUUUUCUUAUAUAUUUUUGGUUCUUAGUAAGGGAAUACUGUCAUGAUAUUCCUUCCUUAGACUUUUUAUUAUUAGAUCAGAUAAUAAAAGUAUUUUAUUCAAAUA